AUGACAUUUUCCUACGCAGCCAAGCAGAUCGUGGUGGUGGUGGGUGCAGGACCUGGGCUGGGAUUCAGCGUGGCUCGCAAAUUUGCCGAGCAGGGACAUCCGGUUGCGCUGCUGUCACGAUCCAAGGAGCGUCUCGAGUCGCUUGCGUCGCAGAUCAAUAAACUUCAGGGUCAGCACGGUCAUGCAGCGGCGUACGCGGUCGACGUGCAAGAUGAACAGUCGGUCAACAAGACGAUCGAACAGAUCCAGCAAGACUUUUCAAGCGGCAAGGUGGGUGCUCAACACCAAGGCGCCGCCAUCCACACUGGCGUGUUCAACCCGGGUGGAGGAUUUGUGCGUGCUAGCUUCCUCGACACCAAGGCCAGCCAAGUCGAGGAGGCUUUCAAGACGCAAGUCUACGGUGGCUUUGUGUUUUCACAAGCCAUCCUGAAAGCCAUCACUUCAAGCCCAGCCUUUUCGCAGACCAGCGAUCCGAAAGCGCCGUUGGGCAACAUCCUGCUCACGGGCGCCACGGCAUCGAUCAAGGGCAGCGCCAACUUUGCUGCUUUCGCCUCAUCCAAGUUCGGCCUGCGUGCGCUCGGACAGAGUCUGGCGCGCGAGUGGGGCCCCAAGGGCGUUCAUGUCUCGCACUUCAUCAUCGACGGCAUUAUCGUCACGGAACGCACCGACCGACUGAUCGGCUCGGACUACCCUGCUGAGUCGCGCAUGGAUGCAGACGCCAUCGCGCAGGUCUACCUCGACACGGCUCGACAGCCACGCAGCGUGUGGGCCUUUGAGAUCGAUCUCCGUCCCUCGGUAGAGAAGUGGUGA